UGCACGCUUAGGCAAUAGGUGGCACUGAUGGUUGGUGUAGCUUGCAUUGUCACCAAGAGAGUGUCGCUGCGGAAGAGAAAGCCAGCAGAGGAGACACCUGGGUUGUUUCGCUGGGAGCUGUGGCUAGGCGAGGAGGAGCGGACAUGUGGCAGGAGAUGCUUCCAAACGCCUGGGAUGGCAUCUUGUCCCGGAUCAGGUCAUUUGAAUGUUCUCAGAGGAAUGCAGUCCUGGUCCCUGUGGCCGCUCUGAGCGUUGGAGGGAUGCUGGUUUACUGGCUGAGGUCUAGACACAAGAUCAAGACUAUUGAAAUGGGCAAUGGAUGGUGGGGCUCAGAUGAAAGACCUCUAAAAGGGAAAGAAGAUGAAAGUAUCUGUCCCUUCAAGAUUGAAACAUCUGACAAAGAACUUGAGGACCUGCAUCGCCGCCUGGAGCAGGCCCGCUACACACCGCAGCUGGAAGGGGCUGCCUUCCGCUACGGCUUCAACUCCGUCUACCUGCAGAAGGUGGUGGCCUUCCGGAGGAGCCAGUUUGACUGGCGCAAGCAAGUGGAAAUCCUGAACAAAUAUCCCCAUUUCCGAACCACCACUGAAGGGAUUGAUAUCCAUUUUAUCCACGUGAAGCCCUCCUAUGUCCCUCACGGUCGAGCUGUUCAACCUCUGCUGAUGGUCCACGGCUGGCCUGGCUCCUUCUACGAGUUCUACAAGACUAUCGCUCUACUCACAGAGCCAGCUGAGCAUGGCCUGAAUGAGGGUGACAUGGUGUUUGAGGUCAUCUGCCCAUCCAUCCCAGGAUAUGGCUUCUCUGAGGCACCACACCAGAAAGGCUUUGACAGCAAAGCAACUGCUCGGAAAUUUCAUAAGCUGAUGAAUAGAUUGGGCUCCAAAGAAUACUACCUACAGGGAGAAGACUGGGGAUCUCUUAUUACCACAAACAUGGCCCAGAUGCUGCCACAGUGAGUAGCAAAGGGAAUCAGUGCAGAGAAGGUUUCUCCAGUUCUUACCCUACCUUCUGGCUCCACGGUCCGGGUCCUGCCUUCUGUUUGCCCUGCCUCUCAUCGCCUUCUGCUUUGUUUUCUCC